AUGGCAGAAAGUACUGAUCUGUACUCCUCUGGACCAGAAUCAUACGAUUCUGAUCUGUCCUCCACUGGAACCGAAUCAUCGUCAGCUAUUUCAACUUUUAGUAGAAAAAAUUGCAAAUUUCGUAGCAAAGCAUCUGAUUGGACAUUAGACCAUCUAAUAAAGAUAGGAGUUGAAUAUGAUGAAAAUUUCACAGUUCUUGAAACAUUUAUGUCAAAAGUGAAAACGGAAAAUAUUGACCGUUCUUUGGGAAUAGUGCCUCCUAUUUGUAGGACAUUAAAACAAUUGACUAUAGAAAAUUGGACAUUUUCCUACAAUUUCGAGUUGGAUAAAGGGAGCGGCAUUAAGGAUGCAAUGGAAAAAACUGAAAAAGCCAUUGAAGAAUUAGAGAAUGAACAGGAAAUGCAGGAAAAGGUCACGCAGGAAGACGGACAAAAUUUGAGAUUAUAUUACAUAUGGAGAUUUAAUGUUCUGAAUUUCUGGAGGUACUUUUUGACACUUCUUGCCAGAUGGGGCAAACCUCAGAGAGAGGGGAGAUACACCAACCUCCUCAUGGCUUUCUCCAAGAUAUUUUUUCUUUAUCCAGAGACAGGUGAGAGUGUUCGUGAUGACAUAUGUAUCAAAGAUUCCAAUGUCCAUGGAACACCGGCCAUUCGUUAUAUGACUAUGGCAAACGAGACUUCUCAGCUCCUGACAGUAACAGAGGUAAAGCAGUACAAUGCUUUCAGAGGGGAAUAUAAUGCAGAGGCCUUCACAUUCAAGAAUGUUUCAAAGAAGGUUCUUGGUCAACAUGGAAUUAAACUUGUUAUGGAAGCAAGUGAAUCAUAUUUUUUCCCCUAUGUUGUUGGAUUGCUUUGUAUUGGAACAAAAAUUAUUUUUACAUACUUGUAUAUUGAACGGGAAGACUACUACAGAAUAAAAGAGAAGGGGUGUAUUCAGAAGUCAAGAAAAGCAACAAUAUCUUACACGAGACCCUUUGAUUUUAUGGAUGCAAAUGAUCGUCAGUAUAUCAUGGACACUUUUUUUUGGUUUGGUUUUGUGCAAUCACAUGGUUACAAAUACUAACUUUAAAUGUGUAAAUAUGAAAAUAAAUAAAUAUUUAUAUUUCA